UGCCUGGCCCUUGCUGCCAGCCCUGACUGGAUCCCCGCCACUCUGCAAUGACUCCCCUGACGCGCUCGUGGCUGCUGCGCCUGGCUGUUCUGUUCCACCUGACCAUCCUGCUGGCCGGGGCUUCUGUGGACCCAGGACAGCCCCGCGGGAUGAAUAAAUGCGAGAUCACGUGCAAUAAGAUGACCUGGCCCAUCCCUGUGAAACUGCUACUCCGCUAUGAAGGCAACCCUGAGUCCUGCGGCAAGCCUGCCAUCAUCUUGGUGACAAAGAAGCAUAGAUUGUUCUGUGCUAACCCAGACGAGAAAUGGGUCCAGGAGGCCAUGGAGCAUCUGGACCGCCAGGCAGCUGCUCUGACCGAAAAUGGGGGCACGUUUGAGAAGCUUAUGGGCACAGGAGGGCCCACGGCAACCCCAGCCAAAUGGGAAACGUACAAGUAUGCCGUGUCAGAGCCCAAAGCUGCAGGGGAGAGCAGUGGUCCGGAGCUAACUCCUCCUUCUCAGGAGGCACAGAAUGCCUUGGGGACUUCCCCAGAGCUGCCAACCAGAGUGGCCAUUUCUUCGGGGACCAAGUCCCCCUCAACCUCAAAGGCUGAGGAUGAAGGUCCUCCACCAGGGCCUGAGGGAACUGAGCUUUUCAAUGUAGCUGCUGUCUCCACCAUGACAUCUACCAUGAUAACUUGGCAGAGUUCUGCUGCCUACCAACCUGGGUCAGGCCUCUGGGUGGAGGGAACGGCCUCUGAAGCCCCCUCCACAGAAGCCCCCUCCACCGAGGCCCACUCCACUCAGGACCCCUCCACUGAGGCACCCACCAUUUCACACCCAGCCCCAGAAGACAGUGUUGGGGCUGAAGGCCAACUGGUAUGGGUCCAGGAACAGAGCCCCAUGCCAGAGAACUCUCCAGGGUCUGAGGAGAUUGGUCCCAUUGCAGCUCACACAGAUGCUUUCCUGGACUGGGGGCCUAGCAGUAUGGCCCACACUUCUGUGGUCCCCGUCUCCUUUGUAGGAACCCCCAGCAGGGAGCGAGGGGCUAAAGGCAGCUGUGCUCCGAAGGCUGAGGAGACCAUUCACACCGCUAUGGACCCCCAGAGGCUGGGAGCUCUCAUCACUCCUAUCCCUGACCCUCAGGCAGCCACCCGGAGGCAGGCAGUGGGGCUGCUAGCCUUCCUUGGCCUUCUUUUCUCCCUGGGGGUGGCCAUGUUUGCCUACCAGAGCUUCCAGGGCUGCUCCCACAGAAUGGCGGGGGAGAUGGUGGAAGGGCUUCGCUAUGGCCCCCUGAUCUGUGGCAGUAACUCAUAUGUCCUGGUGCCAGUGUGAGCUAUCUACCUGCCUGCAUCCAGUUGUUUGACUCAGACAAUUGCUUGGAGCCCCCUUCCUCAGACCCACUCUCAUCCAAGGGCCCGGCUAGAGCUGGGAUGAUCAGAGCAGGGAGGCAGGAUCCUCCAGGUAGGAUGGCUCCCAGCUCUGGGACUCACCCCAGGAGGCCACCUUGACCAUUCUUUUUUUUCACUUUGAAAGUAUAUUCUUCUUUUUUUGUAAAUUUUUGUGCUUUAAGUGAAAGUUUAUAAACCAAGUCAGUCUCUCAUAUAAAAACAUAUACACCUUGCUAUAUACUCCUAGUUACUCUCCCUGUAAUGAGACAGCACACUCCUUCCCUCCACUCUCUGUUUUCCUGUCCAUUUGGCCAGCUUCUGACCCCCUCUGCCCUCUCAUCUCUUCUCCAGACAGGAGCUACCCACAUAGUCUCAUGUGUACCUUGACCAUUCUUGACUUAUUGGAGACAGGAGAGUGGCCUCUACAACUCAUUCUGAUGUCCCCAAUUCAGAAAAUCCCCUCUGCUGCUGGCUGGCUAGAGGCUCCCUUUGAUAUCAUCCCAGCCCCAAUGAACAAUUUAUUUAUUGAAUGCCUAGCCCCUCAGACCCAUGCCCCCAUAUGGAGAUCACAAUCACUCCCAACUGACAAAGGAGCCUCAGGCCAGGCCUUCUGUCCGCACCCUCAGACUCAUCGUGUCUCUUGGUCCCGCUGUAGUCGCCAGUCCCCCGGCCACCAGCGGUGCUAUCUCUCCCUGUCCCCUGUACAGAACCCACCCCCAGCCGGGGACAUGUUUCUUUUUCUUUUUUUGCAUGAGGCUAUUGUAGUAUUUCCUGGGUGUUUCCCAGCCAAAGCUCUGUCCUCCUUGUCAGUCAGGCAUUGCGAGAAAGGAGAUGAAGUUAUCUGGUAGUGAGAUUCUUUUCCUCCUUGGUCUACGCUGUGCAACGAAGGGGCAUUUACUACUAGUCUGAAGGCUAGGGUUUGAGUCACAAGUCUGCCAUCAACCCAGCAAGGCCUUGGUGUGACAGAGGGUAGGCAGCUCCUUUCCCUUUUCUGUGCCUCUAGUUUCCCACCUGUGAAAGGAAAUAGUUGGGUUAGAUAAGGGAUGGUGAAUAUGUGACAAAAACCUGUACCCCUGACAGGCAGCUCUAAUCGAUCCAGAUCCCCUCUCCCCCCACCGCUGGAUGUAGCCUGAGUCUUUCUCAAACAGAGUACCUUAGCCAGUCACUUCCAAUCACCUGUGAUCUAGAGGGGCUGCAAGGGAGCAAACGAUAGCUCAGGCCCUGCCUCGUUGGAAGGGAGUCUGCCCUGUGGGCCUCCUGAAGGGUGGCUAGGCUGCGGUGCUUGAGGGACCCACUUUGGAAGUCUCCUCCCCCGACACUGAGACAACACUGAGCUCUGCACCCCACCAGAGGGACUGGCUGAAGGAGGAUAGGAGAGUCUGCAGGCUUCUGGGUGCUGAGACCUCCAUGGAAGAAGCCAAGGGAAAGCUGUUGAAGCAGUCACACUCCUCGACGCUGCUUGUGCAAGUGGCCAGGCUCUCUGUCCCCUGGUCCCACACACUCUGGGCCCAGCAUUUGCUCUUUUGUCCCUAAGCCUGGGUCCCCCUUCCACUUGUCUCAUUCCUGAAAACACUGUUUUCUGCACUCGGAGAUCUCUCCUCAUUGUCACCCGCACCUCGGGAAGACCUAGGAAUUUCCAUGAGUUUCCAUAAGAUCAAAAUCCACCGAUGAAACCUGAGGUUCCAGUGUUUCCGAAAGGGACUCCUUGGGGAGGGAAAUUGUGGACAUGAGUCAGGCUGCCUGUUUGGCUCCUGAUGGCUCAGGCACUCCCGGAUGGGCUGGAGGCUGACUGGGCUGGCCACUGCCCACUGAUCAGGGUCCCUGGUGGCAGCACCUCCCCAUUGCCCUCAAUUGUGACCCUUCCUUCCACCUGAGGGAAGCCUCCCAUGGCCUGGGCUCCACCAGGGAGCAUGUGCCACACUGUGCAGAUGGGACUGGUUGCUCAGUGAGAGAAACCACGGCUCUGGUCUGCAGAGGCUCUGCACUUCUGCCUACCCGAUGCUCCAGUCUGCAGAGGCUCUGCACUUCUGCCUACCCAACGCUCCAGCAUCAUCUACUAGGCCAGGCUCAGGGUGUUCGGGAAGGUUGGGGUCACCCAGAGAGCCCAAAGGAGUGGAGAACAGAGCUGAACACAAUUUGCUUAGGCUCCUCCAGGCUGGGAGAGCCUUCAAGGGACAGGUCCCCAGCCAUGGGGCUCCCCUCCUUUGUGAAGAAGAGGCUGGGGGCAACUGGUGCCCCUUCCACAGAUUUCGUUAGCUCCUCCGUGAAGGACAUGGAUGAGGACAAUUUGGGGAGGACUUUGGAAGGAGUUGGUUGAUCCUUUUGCUUUUCCAAACCUCAUCACUUAAUGUCUGUGCCAUUUUGUAUUUUACUAAUAAAAUUGAAAAGUCUUGUGAAUCAAAUAAGAGUGCUCUUUCUAGGGCAGGUCCAGCUACCAGGAUCUCAAGGGGAAUGUAACAAGGGAGGGCAAAGACCUCUGUGUCAGCCCUGGCGGAGGUGAGGCAGGAGCCCCAGCCUGCCUGGGGCAGAGGGGCAGGAAGUUUUACAAUCAGCAGAAGAGGCACUAGGAUGGGGGUGAGG